CUGUCCUUUUCCUUAAGUAUGUGUGUCUUGCCAAAAGAGAUAUUUUUGUAGUAGAGUCCAGUUUUCGAUUCGCCAGUGUUGAGUGGUCAUCUAAAAUAUAUAUUCGUGAAGUUUUAGAAAACUAUAGUGCUCUAAUAUGUGACAACUAAAUAAUAGUUAAAUCCUUUUUGGGACAUUCAACGAAACACGUGAUAAGAUGUGAUUUGAAGCGAAAAAACUACAUCCAAGGAAAAAAUCUACAUACAUCAACGACACAACCUAACCUAAAACAUUCAGUGUUUAUCGAAAAAAAAAUAGUGAAAAGUUGUAUUGAUUCCCAUUACCUAUUCGAAUUUCACCUCCCACAUCUUGGCUCAAAUUCCAAAAACUGCCGACGUUGGGAAUCACAUGUCAUACCUGCAAACAAAAUCAAAAUAAAUCCACGCUAGAGACAAAGUGAAUCAAAUGAAUAGCUAUCAAAUUUCUUGAGAUUUAACAACAUGUCUGAUCGUAAAGCGAAACUUAAGUCUGUGGGAAGAUCAGCUUCAACAGACAGCACGGAAUACUCGAUAACUAUGGGAAAAUCUGUGAGGGAAAAGCGGAAGAAACCGAAGGAAAGAUGGCUGUUGACUAGGAAAACGUGGCGGUACAUGGCUGAUGCCGGAAGGAAACUUAUACCGGAUGGAGCUUCCAACAGGCCUGAAGACAUUCCGAAAAUCGAGGCUUAUUUUCAAGAGGUAUGUAGGAAAGAACCCAAGUUUCUGUUGUGGAGGAAGAACUCCUAUCCAGGGGCACUUGGGCUCAAGAAGAAGAAAAAGGAUAGGAGGAAAGUUCAAAGCUGUCGAAAUUCUGUUUCCGCAAAUGAUGUUGAUAACAUAAAACCAGAAAGACCGAAAGAUUUAGCGAUAUUCAAUAUAUCGGGCGGGAGAUUUGACAUAAGAAAAAUGAAGCAAGAUUUUAUGAACAGUCCUCCUUCUCCUUCAAGCCACUUGCCUUUUAUACCCGAACAAAAAGUUCCUUCUUCCGAAAAUAUAUCUGAACAACCGGAAGAUAUCAGUAAGAAUGACGAGAAAUUGAUAAAUAUGCUUGAAAAAUUUCUAACGUUAGAAGACACGACUAGAAGUUAUCCGAAGUGUCAAGCAGACUUCAACUAUCGAGAAUUGGUAGACAAACUCCAGCGACAUUUGACUUUGGUUAGCAGAAAUGUCCCGUCUUCGAGUUCGAGAUACCAAUCAAGGCCAGGAUAUGUUGAAUUCGAAGGAGACCAAAGGGAAAAAUCCCUAACAGAAACAUUAAGCAGGUAUUUCAGUCAAAGCACUAAUAGAGAUAAAAUUAUAUCCGAUCUACUAACAAACAGAAAAGCCCUCGAGAAGUUAUACUUCGAAUUGAGGAAAACCAAAGGGUUUAGAGGAAGACCUAGUGGCUCACCUUACUCAUCUUCAACCCAACUGAGUGAUAGAUCUUUCUCGAGCUCAAAUCUGAGACACAUCGAUACUAAAGAACGAGAAAGGAGAAUAGGGAUCACACAGCCUCCACCUGUUAUAGAAAUUGUUCAGGAAACUCCUGAAAUAAAAUAUUCUGAAUGGGGUAUACAAACUCUUCCUAUCCCUGAGAUUGUACUGACUAAAUGCGAGGAAGAAUACAAAAAGGAAUUGGCUGCAAGGAGAGAAGAAGAGAGGACGCUGUCACCAAGAGGUACAUCAAGGAGGAGGAGCAGUGUGGACAAUGAUGACAUCUCACAAUCAGUUAGUGACACCAUCAAGAGGUAUUUGCGAAUGGCGAGGAAGAAAAGUGUAGAUUCGGAUAAAGCUGAUCGAUUUAAAAGAGUGAAUUACGAUAGGACAUUGCGGAAUAUCAAAGCUAAAGGGGAGAUAACCAAACCUGGGGAUGAUGAUGGUCUCAAUAAGGGUUGUCAAACGAACGAAGACUGGAUUUUAACGUAUCGGGAUCUGAAGUUUCGCGAAAUAUCGGAUGAUAGUCGAGUAUCCAGCUCGCGUAGUUCUGUAGAUGCCGGUGUUGACGACAAGUCACCAACGACUUCUCCACCCCAUAUGAAAACGCAUCAUUCGUUUCUCAGCCAUUUUUUGCCUAGUAAAAACCAUGAUAAACAUGAGAAAUCUUCUACCGCAGUGCCAACUGGUGCCAGCGCCAUGCAGAAGUCGAAGUCUUCUUCGAGUGUGAUGCACCAUGGGAGCAGGCUGGUGGCGAAAAAGAUCUUCAGGACGAGGUCGAAGAGCCAGAGCAGGGUUGCGCAACCGCACUGUAACUGGAUACCACAGGGCAGCUGCGUAUGGAACAGUGUUUCUGGAAGACAAGUGGUACUCAGCGAUACAUCUCUGUUACAACUUUCAGAAAUCGAAAGGAAAGUUCUGCAGAAGGUGGCCAUUGCCAAAUUGCAAGCCUUGAAUUUGGGGGUUAAUGUAAAAGUUCCAACAGAAACGACUGCAACAGCUGCACCGAAGAAGCGGAGACCACAUUUAUUGAAAAGGAAGGCUAUAACUACCUCAAUUUUUGAUUCCAGUCGAAAAGAUGAUAAAGAUGGCAAUGCACCAAGCGGUCUGGUCUUUGGCAUUCCCUUGACACAGUGUGUGGAAAAUGACAGGAUAUCCAGGGCCGCUGCGGGCACGCCGAGGUACAAAGGAAGUGACACUGGAGAUGAUUGUGGACUUGGCAGGCGUGGGUCCAGAGCCAGCUUCAGCUCACUCAUCGAUACCCAUCGAGAAGGCAGCUCCUGCGAAAGUCUCAUCGCCCAAGAAAGAAUGGCUGGUAGCGUUCCUGGUCUCUUGGACAAAAUCUCCUGUAGUUCGACAGCAGAUCUACACGACAGAGUUACAGUAGAUGGCGAGGAACUCACUAUACCCCAAAUACUAACUGCUUGUAUCAGGCACAUCGAGAAGAACGGACUUCACACCUUGGGUAUCUUCAGAGUUAGUACCUCUAAGAAACGGAUAAGAGAGUUGAGAGAAAACUUCGAUUCUGGAAGAGAAACCACCUUGGACCAGGAGCAAUGCCCGCAUGAUGUAGCAACAUUGCUGAAGGAAUAUUUGAGGGAGCUUCCUGAUCCUCUGCUAUGCAGAGACCUCUAUCAAGCUUUCGUUCAAACUCAAAGGAUAAGGAACAGAAAGCUUCAAUUCGAGGCCCUACAGCAUCUCAUCCAAAUACUCCCAUCUACAAACAGGGACACUCUUCAUGCACUCCUGAAUUUUCUCUCUCUUGUUGCACAACAUUCGUCGGAUUCAACUGAUGAGUUAGGUGAAAUAGUACAAGGAAACAAGAUGGAUUCCAACAACCUUGCAACUGUUUUCGCACCUAAUAUUCUCCACUGCAUCAAAGCAAACAGUUCCAAAGAGUCAAUCUCAGAUAGAGCAGAAGACCGCAUUGACAUAAUCAAUGUGGUACGGGCUCUUAUAGACCACAACGAAGAUCUCUUCAAAGUAUCCGCAGAAAUACUUGAUGAAGUUUACGUACACAUGAUGGACAGUCAUCCUGAAGCACUAGAUGAGCUGCUGAGCAAGAGGGACAUCACCAUUGGAGCAGACGAAUCUCAAGAGGAACUAGAUAGUGAAAGUUACUCAGCACCAUGGUCUCCUACACUACCUGGCUCUGAUAUGUGCGUUGAAACAAUGUUACAUAGUUCUGAGGAACUUCCGAACACUCCCACUGAGAAGAAAAGGAUGUGGUCUAGAGAAGAAUGUCUUCAUGAAGCUGCUGCUACUGGUGGACCUAACAUCAGCAUGAGGAUAAGGCACAAGGACAAAAUCCGCGAGAGAAGUCAAAGAAGAAAACGGGAAGAUUCAGCUUCACGUAAGCGAAGUAGCGAUGACUCGGGUAUUGGAGGUUUCUCUUCUGCGAUCAAUAUAAUCUCCAAACUAAGAGGGCAAAGAGAUGAAGACUACCAGUAUGGCAAAAAUAGAAGUUCUUCAUUGGAGAGUUCAAGUUCUACACACACGGAUGCCGAUUUUCAUAGGGUACAAAACACAACUGGAGGAAUAUUUGAAAGGCGAAAAUCCUCUCCUUUCGUUAUGGACAAUGCAGGAGUUAUAACUGCUAGUUUAACUAUUCCAGUUCAAACUCAAGCUAAUCAAGGUUUGAGCUACAACUUUGACGAUGACAUUCCGUUCAUAGAAGAUGCAGAUAAUGGCAGACAACAGCUCACCAUAGGAGUUAUCAAAACACCAACAGUACCACCUAGAAGACGUCAGAGAUCAAUAAGUGGAAGUGAUUCUUCAGUGGGCUCAAUUGUUCAACCAAUAACUGGAUGUAUAUCAUUGGUACAAAGUACUGAUUCCGCAGUUGGUUCUCCGGUCAAUUACUCCAGUCCUAUCCAGAAUACCCCAACGAGUAUCUCGAGUAGCAUCGCAGAUGCUGGGGUAUUCAGUUCACCACCCUCUUGGACCUCUUCACCACCAACCUCACCAGAUAGUGCACACACCUCAGUGAACUACAUACCUGAAGACAACCAAGUUCCCAGAACGAGAACCCACAGGAUAGUCAGCAAAGAUUCACCUACUUUACAGAAAGUGACCUUCAUACCCAUCCAAGACGUACAAAGAACGAAAAUACAGGAAGUCAAAAACCAAGAAAUGAUUGGUGUUCAAAACUACCCAAGAGAUUACGCGAGACCAACACAUGAUUCAGCUUCAUCUUCGAGAGAUCAAGAAAUCCCUAAUAUACAAAGUAGCGUCACAAAAGAGUUCAUUCAAAAGACUGUACAAAUUUCAAGUGACAUAUGUAAGAGUACGAGCACCCCUUUAUUUGAUCCUAGAGACUCCAGAGAACCAAGAUACACGCCCAGCAUAUCAAAUAUAGGAAACGCUGUCUUGAAAUCGAAGACAGCAGAUUUCGAGAAAAUAUCAAAGACGGAAACUAAACCAACUAAAAUCGUAACAACUACCACAUCUUUGGAGAAAAAGAAAUACACCAAGAGGAGGUAUACUGAUACAAGGCACCCUACCAGACAUAUACCUGAUUCUGAAUCCUUAGAAUUUUCGAGCAAUAAACAAGAAGACAGAAAUUCCCAAUCAAGUCAACAAGUUUACAAAAGAAGAGAACUUAUAUCGAGUGUGCAAACAAAGUGAAUUGAAAAAGAUAAUUCAGUUAUGUACUCGGACUUUUUUGAAACAUUAUUUGUAAAUCUAGUCGUUAUAUGUAAAUUUACUGUAAUUCUCGGAAUAUGCUUGUUUAAUUUAGGUGUGUUGAUGUAUAUAAAUUCUGAACAAUUAGCGUUAAAUAUGAUUAAAACAUUGUAUAGGA